AUGAUUGCCCAGGUAGUCAAGGAAAACAAAGAGAUAAAGAAUCAUAUGUCUAAAUUAACCAAUGCCUUAGCUGUAGAUGAACGUGGGAAGUUUCCAGCCCAAGCUCAGCCAAACCCAAAAGGACAACACAUGGCACAAACCUCAAGAUCUGAAGAAACAAAUUUUAAGGAGGCAAAUGCCAUAACCACUAGAUCAAGAAAGGUUGUAGAACAAAGCCCUCCACCUACAGAUAACAGAAAAGAGCCAAGUAAGUCUAAUGAGAACAGUCCUAUUGAGGAAGUUGUGGAAAACCUAGCUAGAAUACAUUUCCCUCAAGCUCUCAAGUUAGCUUCGAAAUCAACAUGUCAGCAUAAUGAAAUCCUAGAACACCUCAGACAAGUCAAAAUCAAUUUGCCUCUCUUGCAUGUGAUCUCCCAAGUUCCUACAUAUGCUAAAGUCCUUAAAGACUUAUGUACUUUAAAGAGGAAACAUCAUGUUAAGAAAAUUGCUUUUGUGACCGAGCAAGUGAGUGAUGUGAUAGAACAAAGGAUCCCACCAAAGUAUAAGGACCCUGGUUGUCCUACCAUUUCUUGUGUCAUUGGAAACCGUGAGUUUGCACAAGCCCUUCUUGAUUUAGGAGCUAGUGUCAACCUCAUGCCCUAUGCUAUAAGUGUUCCUAGGUCCGGGAGAGAUGAAACCCACCUCAGUGUACUAGAUGUGAAGGUUGAGGUGGAUGUUAACUCUAAAAUCCCUAUUAUACUUGGUAGACCUUUCCUUCCUACAGUUAUUGCUCUUAUCAAUUGUAGGAAUGGUCUGAUGAAGUUGACAUUUGGAAAUAUAACUCUAGAAGUCAAUAUUUUCCAUAUCACCAAACAACCUAUGGAAGAAGAUGAAUGCCAUCAAACCUAUAUGAUUGAUACACUGACUAAGGAGGAAGCACCGACAACAAUUGAUUCUGACCCUUUGAACUCUUUUAUCUUAAAUACUAAAAUUUUAUGUGGUUUUGAUGUUAAUGAGUAUGCUAACAUUUGUGCUGUUUUUGCAAAAUUGCAAGACCACAGGACUUCACCAUGGUAA